UUUUCGAUGACGAGGAACAUAACGUUGCGGAUAUAAAUGGAAUCGGUGCCGUUGCUAUACUUGUGGAUAGCGGGGUCAGCGACAGUGUGGUUGCUGAUGGUCUUGAGUAUUUUGUGAGAAAACAGAUCAUCGGGAAAUGAAGAUCCAACUAUGUUUAAGAUAUUCAAAUUUAGUCACUCGAACAAAUAACAAUAUUUAAAAUGCAUCUACAAACCAGUUUCGUUCUAUUACUCGUAUGCUUCGUUACUCUAACACUGGGUACAGAAGUCAAACAAUGCAAAGGCAGCAAAACGAAGAAAUUAGAUCCAUCAGAAGUAUCCGUAUCGAAUUGCAAUAAAGGAACCUGCAAGCUACAAAAGAAGACAACCGUGGAGGUUUCAUUGAAAUUUGCACCGGCCAAAGAUCUGAAAACAUUGACGACAUCAGUUUACGCUAAUGUUCUGAACGUUCCACUUCCAUUUAUUGGUGUUGACGGAGCAUCCGCUUGCGACAAAUUGUUCAAGGAAGAUGGUACAACACCGAGCAGUUGUCCACUGAAAGCCGGCGAAACUUAUGUUUAUAAAAAUUCAUUCCCCAUACUGGAAUUCUAUCCGAAACUGAAUUUAGUCGUUCAUUGGGCAUUGACUCACAAUGAUGAAAAUAUUGCUUGUUUCGAACUUCCAGCCAAAAUAUCAUAAUUAUGCAUUUAAAUUCCAUCGUUUUAGUGUUAAGAAUUCAAUUAAUUAAUAAUUUAAUAAAUUAUUUUCUAAAUAA